AUGGCGGAGCAGGCUCCCGGGCGCUCGCUGGGCUCCUACUCCCCGGUGGAUUACAUGAGUAUAACCAGCUUCCCCCGGCUGCCCGAGGAAGAGGCCGGGGGGGAGCCGGGGCCGCGCGUCGGGGAGGAAGACACCUUCCUGGGGGAGCAUGACUCCGACCCAGACGCCUUCCUGAAAUCUGCCCGUCUCCAACGGCUUCCCUCCUCCUCCUCUGAAAUGGGGAGUCAGGAUGCUUCCCCUCUCCGAGAGACAGCCAAGGAUCCCUUCACGUCAGAUUGCAGCUGCCGCCAAGAUGGCCUCACUGUCAUUAUCACGGCCUGCGUAACGUUUGCAAUGGGAGUCACCAUAGCACUAAUCAUGCAGAUCUAUUUUGGAGAUCCCCAGAUCUUUCACCAGGGGGCAGUAGUGAGUGACGCGUCAAGGUGCACCAAUUUGGGCAUAGAAGUGCUGGAGAAAAGAGGGAGCUCAGUGGAUGCAGCAAUUGUGACCACCCUGUGUCUAGGGAUUGUUAAUCCUCAUACAUCUGGCCUUGGCGGAGGUGGAGUAAUGCUAAUUCAUGACAUCAGAAACAAUGUCACAGAUGUCAUUGAUUUCCGAGAGACUGCUCCUUCUGGAAUCCACGAAGACUUGGUGAGACGGUACUGGAAAGAGAAGCCCGGGAUUUUGGUUGGAAUUCCUGGAAUGCUGAAAGGUCUAGCAAAGGCUCAUGAGAUGUAUGGCAAAUUGCCCUGGGAAGAAUUAAUCAACAAAGUGGCCGAGGUUGCACGCGAUGGAUUUAAUGUAACUUAUGAUUUAGCUGACGCCAUCAAUGAUGUGAAGGGGCAAAACCUGUCUCGCAGUUUUCGGGAAAUUUUCCUACCAGACGGACAGCCAUUGCAGGCAGGGACAUUUACAUCAAGGCUUGACCUGGCAGCCAUUUUGGAUGAUAUUGCAGCAAAAGGAAGCGAGGCUUUCUAUGCAGGAAAUUGGACACAGGAAAUGGUUUCCGAGGUAAACAUGUACGGUGGGGUUCUGGACGAUGAGGAUUUCAGUAAUUACAGCGUCUCCUUACAGAAGCCUGUGCAAACUAUUUAUCAAGGUCACCUAGUAUUUGCGCCGCCCGCUCCACAUGCCGGACCUGCUCUAAUAACUGCCCUCAACAUCCUGGAUGGGGCAAAUCUAACCAAGCACACACCCAGGUCUAGCGCCCUCCACUGGAUAGCAGAGACCUUAAAAAUUGCUCUUGCUACCGCCAGCACCCUCGGAGACCCCGUCUACGACCCAUCCUUGGUUGGCUUUAUAAAGGAACUGCUGAGUAAGUCAGAGACCAGUUUCCUUCGGCAGCAGAUUAAUGAAUCUUAUGCGGCACCUACAGAACAUUACAUGCACUGCUAUGCCAUGGACCCUGGACCUUCUGCAAGCCAGGCCUUAGUGAUUGGUCCAGAUGACUUCAUUGUAGCUGUUGUAAGUUCCUUAAACCGUCCCUUUGGCAGUGGAAUUAUGACUCCCUCUGGAAUACUACUCAACAGUCAAAUAUUGGACUUCUUUUGGACCAACAGAAGUUCUGACCAGUCUUCUUCUAGUCCUAGAAAUAAGGUUGAGCCAGGGAAAAGGCCUCUCUCGUUUUUGCUUCCUACAUUAGUGCGUCCUGCCCAGGGUCUAUGUGGAACAUACCUGUCUCUUGGUGGAUCAAAUGGGGAACGAGCGCUAUCUGGAAUUGCACAGGUGUUGUUGAAUGUAUUGUCCUUUAACAAGAAUCUGAGUGACAGUAUAUCUCUGGGGAGGCUGCAUCCGGACCUCCAGUCAAACCUUUUGCAAGUGGAUGGAGACCUCCCUGAGAAUGUCACAGAAGGACUUGAAUCCAGGGGCCACCUAAUGCGCAGGUCACCCUUUCUGUCUUUGGUUCACGGCUCACGGAGGAGCAACGACCUCAUCAUCGGGUUCCGAGAUCCACGUAGCAAAGACGCAGAAGCCGCCACCAUUUUGUAGACAAGCGGAAAGUGGGUCCUAACUGCACACCUUCAACUACAUUCAGGAGAAGAAUUUCUCCUGAACUAAACAAUGGUGUUUCUGCAAAAGGGCAUCUUCUCUUUCACGACAAAAUGUAAUAAUGGAAUCUAGGAUGAAAUUGUAUGAAUGAUGGGGCCUGUUCACAGCUUGUUGUCUCCCAGAGUUAAUGUAUAUUAAUGAAGGUGAUGUGUAUAAGGGAUCUGACUGUGGAGACCAAUGUUUCCAUACGCAAACUUCACAAGCCCAACAAAAAUUCACCAUUAUAUGAUGUCAUACUGCCAACAGGAAGUAGUCAUAGAAGAAAUGGACUUCUGUAUGAUGUCACUUGGAGUUUGUAAAGAGUUAGUGUAAACAUUUCCCAUGAAUUUUCAGAUUAAUUUAUUAUAAUGAAGUGUUUCAAAUUAUUAAGUCAUGAUUUCCAGAGUAGCACUAUAUUUUCAAUGAAUUUUUAUAACUACAUGUUUUAAUUUUCAAAAACCUAUCCUGUGUAGAUUGCCUUUUAAGAGAUGAGAUAGAAAGACUGUUUAUGAGCUUUAUAAAUGGUGAUUUAUUGCUAUUUGACCUUCCUCGGAAUGACAGAAUCAAAAUUGACUGUAUGCUAAGGAUUCUGGUACAAAUAGGGCAGUUUGCAUGAGAAUGGGUGAUGUAAUAUAUUUGAAUUUGUAUCACAUACCGAAAAUUUGUAUAUAUGCAAAAAAUAUGUAAAGGUAAAUGAUAAAGGCCAGUGAUUAAAGUCAGCCUGCUUGGCUGACUUUGUGAAGGCCUUUUACAUCUUUUGCCAUCCCUUUCCUAUCUUCCCUCUAUUUGUGUUGGUCCAGGCUCCAAUAAUUUGUAGUUUUUUUUUUUUCUGGCAAUGAAAAUUACUAGCACUUCCUA